GGGCCCAGCUCAACGGAAACGCUCAGGCCCUCUAAAACUCGGUCAAUUUUUUGAUCCUUUUUGUCCGAAGCCUUCACAAUCCAAGCCCGCCAUUGAGGUCCCACGUCAACCACUUUCAACAUAACCGCUGGUCGACGAGAUACCGGCGAUACCAAAAAUGGCUGCAUCCACCGGUUUCGGCCCCAAAAAGGCCUACCUCAUCCUCUAUAAUGCCGCCUCUGCCAUCGCUUGGGCCACCAUUCUCGGGCGUGUCGCCGUCGUCCUGUGGUGGAAGGGCGCGCCGUUCGUGCCGCUGGUGGUAGACAACUUUGCGCGCAUCACCCAGACUUUUGCCCUCAUGGAGGUCCUACAUGCUCUGACCGGUGCGUCCUCUUCUCCGUCCAAAAAAAAACAAAAAAAAAAAAAGCCAACCAUCUCUUCCGUGAUGCGCCCUACCGCGGCCCGACCUGAAGCUAACACGAAGGUACUGCGCGCGCAUCACGCACAGGAGUCGUCCCCGCCCCGUUCUUCACCACGGCCAUGCAGGUCGCGAGCAGGCUCUUCCUCAUGUGGGCCGUGUGCUGGCCGUUCCCGCAGCUCAACGCGAGCCCCUUCUACUCGUCGAUGCUGAUCGCCUGGAGCCUGUCCGAGGUCGUUCGGUACUCGUACUUUGCGCUCAAGCAGGUGGAUGCGGUCCCAACCUGGCUGCAUUGGUUGCGGUACAGCGCGUUCCUCGUACUGUACCCUGUGGGCAUCAGCAGCGAGGUGGUCAUGACGCUGCUCGCGCUCUGGGGCCCCGCUGCGGACCUCGUGGCUUGGUAUCCGUAUGCGCUCACGGCUGUGCUGCUGUCUUAUGCUCCGGGUUAGUGACCUUCGCAAAUAUCAUCGCCCUUGAAGAAGUGAUGCCGAGACAGGAUGUGACGCUGACUGCUAU